GCAGGUCAUCUUCUAUGUGUGCCUGCCUCGAUGUCGAAGGUCGAGGUUCGUCGUCUGCUGUGGCUGAUGUGGAAGGCUUGCUUGACUGCUUGGCCUCGCGCAUUUUUCUAUCAUACAGUUCUUUGCAAAGGCAGCUCAAGCAUUUCAUCCGACAUAAGUUCAAGCACAGAUCACACGUUGACCAAAGCCACAAAGAAUGCUGCUGCCAGUGAAGAUUCAGAUUUGAGUAUGCGGACACUAAGUACACCCAGCCCUGCUUUGAUAUGCCCUCCGACCACGCAGUCUAUUCAGAAUGGCCAAGGAUCCUCCACCUCAUCUUCUUCUGUCACAGGGGAGACCACUGCUAUGAUCCAUUCCCAGUCUGUGUUGCUGAUCCCUCAGGGUGUCAUCAGGCCAGCAUCAAGGCAACAGAAAGAACAGUCUCCCAUUGACAACCUUCCCGAUCAAACCCUGAUUGAGAUGUUUUCACACCUUCCUACCAACCAGCUGUGCCGUUGCACGAGGGUGUGUCGUCGUUGGUACAACCUCUGCUGGGACCCACGUCUAUGGAGGACUAUUCGUCUCACAGAAGAAACAGUGAACGUGGACAGAGCUCUGCGUGUGCUCACCCGAAGGUUGUGUCAGGACACACCAAAUGUCUGUCUUACAUUGGAAAAAGUCAUCCUUCAGAGCUGCAGGCGGCUGAGCGACAGGGGUCUCUACACCAUUGCUCAGUGUUGUCCAGAACUGCGGCAGUUGGAAGUACCUGGCUGUUACGGAAUCUCCAAUGAAGCACUCUAUGAUGUUGUCUCCCGGUGUCCCAACUUGGAGUAUCUGGAUGUUUCAGGUUGUUCCAAGAUAACGUGCAUCAGUCUGACAAGGGAAGCUUCCAUUAAAAUCUCUCCACUUCAUGGAAAACAGAUCUCCAUCCGCUACCUGAAUAUGACAGAUUGCUUUUUACUUGAAGAUGAGGGACUGCACAUAAUAGCAGCUCACUGCACACAGCUAACACACCUCUAUCUGCGCAGAUGUGUCCGUGUUACAGACGAGGGCCUUCACUUCCUGAUGCUUUAUUGCACGUCAAUCAAGGAGCUGAGUGUUAGUGACUGCCGAGCUGUGACUGAUUUUGGGAUGAGAGAGGUGGCAAAGUUGGAAGCACACCUAAGGUAUCUCAGUAUUGCUCACUGUGUCCGGAUUACAGAUGUAGGUAUCCGCUACAUCGCCAAGUACUGCAGUAAACUGCGCUAUCUAAACGCUCGAGGUUGUGAUGGACUGACUGAUCAUGGGAUUGAGUACCUUGCCAAGAAUUGCACAAAACUCAAGUCCCUGGAUAUUGGCAAGUGUCUGUUGAUUUCUGAUGCAGGCAUGGAGUUUUUAGCGUUGAACUGCUACAACCUUAAGCGGCUCAGUCUUAAGUCAUGUGAGAGUGUCACCGGUCGUGGUUUAAAGAUUGUUGCUGCUAACUGCUUUGAGUUGCAGGUGUUGAAUGUGCAGGACUGUGACAUCUCGGUUGAAGCACUGCAGUUUGUCAAACGCCACUGCAGGAGGUGUAUUAUAGAGCACAGCAAUCCAGCCUUCUUCUGACAGGAUAACAUUAAUACAGCACAGACCAUAGAUCGUAAAGUCUGAAUUUUUAUUAUCUCUUGUUUUUUCUAAAUUCAAAUAUUUAGUUAAUUUCUGCACUGUACAUAUGAUGUCAUGCUAAUAUUUAUAUACUAUUACGCAUUUAUACAUUUUUGCUUGUCAAACAUCAAUAUAAAUCAAUAGCUGGAGACAUAAAUGCAGAUUUUGGGAAGAAUUAAUCAAUAUUUUCCUUUGUUUUUAAAUUCCUCACUGGAAAAAUAUAAAAGCAAUCAUCAGAAUAUAGUUUGCCUUGAGUUUUCAACUUUCUUAAACGAGAGCAGCAUGUUUUUGGGUAGCAUUCUACUAUAACACACCAACUGUGGGCAGCACAGUGAUACAGCUGAUGGAGCUUAUGCCCAACAGAUGGCUGUCUCCCUGUGACUGGCUUUCCUCCCUCAUCCUGAAGCAAUGCAGGUUGGUUUGCUAAUUGGCGACUGCAAAUUGCUCUUUCUGUGCAAGUCAGUGCUAGAGCCUGAUUGAGGAUGUGGGGAAAGUAACAAAAUGGGAUUAAUGUACAAUUAGUUUUGACAGCACUGAAUUGUUGGGUCAAACUAUGCAACAAUAUGAAGUACAUAAAAUAAGUUUUGUUUUACAACAAGUUACUUCAGUGUUAAAAGAAAUGGCAAUAUUGUUUGUUAUGAAACACUGCUUUAGCCAUUAUGGAAAUUUUGUGAUGCCAUUGGUUCUAAAUUCACAAGCUUAAGCUGUACAAUCAAAUUAAUGUUACCAAAUACUACAACACUAGGAAAUACAUAUUGUAAAGUUGUUUGCAACAAGCUCCUAUAUGGUUGUAUUAUAGAAAGCAGCAAUUGUAUGCUGUUUACUCAGAAACGUUUAUUUAGCCAGUUGCAAGCAAUGUGUUAUCACUGGCACCAAGGUUAAGUUGUACUAUUAAAUAAAUGUUACCAAAUGCUUGAUCACCAGGAAAUAUACAAAAUGAAGUUCUUUGCAACAGGUUGCUACUUGUGUUUAUUGUAGAAAGUGGCAAUCAUACACUGCUUUCUUAGAAACACUGAUUUAGCCGAACUGGACAUUCUGAGAUACCAUUGGAUUUAUCUUCUCAAACUUAAGUUGUACAGUACAAACAGGUAAAAGCUGCCAAACACUUCAUCACUAGGAAAUACAUAGAAUAAAGUUGUUUCAAAUGUGUUCUACAUGGUUUCAUUUUCAAAGUUGCUAAUUGUAUGCAGUUUAGUCUGAAACAUUGAUUAAAUCAUUCUGGGUGUUUUCUGAUACCAUGGAGCAUAGAACAUAGAUCAGUGCAUAACAGAAUCAGGCCCUUUGGUCCACAAUGUUGUAUCAAUCCAAUUAAAUUUGUCAUCAAAUGGGCAACCUAACUAAUCUUCUCUGCAACACUAUGUCUAUAUCCUUACAUUUUCCUCAUAUUCAUGUACCUAUCUAAACACCUCUUAAAUGUAUCUGCAAUGUAAUGUAUCUGCCCCCACCACCACUCCAGGCAGGUCAUUCCAAGCACCACUACUCUCUGUGUAAAAAAAUUUUCCCCUCACAUUUCGUUUGAAAUUACUGCCUCACACCUCAAAUGCAUGCCUUUGGUAUUAGACUUUUCAAUCCUUGGAAAAAAUAUUGUCUGUCUACUCCAUCUAUGUCUCUCACAAUCUUAUGAACUUCUAUCCUUAGUCUCCACCGCUGCAGAAAAUUCACCAUCUCCUUUUGCACAUGUCCUCUAAUCCAGGAGGCGCCCUGGUAAACCUCUUCUUGAAAAGCUUUGGCAUUCUUCCUAUAAUAGUGCAACAUGCAUUAUUCCAGAUGUGGCCUAAACGGGAGUUUUAUAAAGCAGCAACAGAACCUUCUCACGUUUGGAUUCAAUGCCACGACUAAUAAAGUCAAGCGUGCCCUGUCACCUUUCAGGGAGCUAUGAACUUGCACUCUAAGAUCCCUCUGCUCAUUUUACUCUUGCUUUUCACUUAUCAACCAAGAUGCAACACUUAACAUUUCUCGGAGUUAAACUCCAUCUGCCAUUUCUUUGCUGUAUUAUGUUAAGUUUUGUAAAAUACUAGAUGAAUGUCUGGAGGGUAAAAUGACAAUUUAACUCUUUCUGAACUCAUAGCAUGUAGGGUUAAUAUGUCUUAGUGGGCAGAGUGUCUGUAUAGAGUAAACACUAUCAAUGUCAGUAGAGUGUUUGCUGAUAGCAGCUGGAUAUUUCUUAGCCUCAGGCUCCGUAAACAUAAGGAUGUUUGUUAAUAACUAACUGUCUGUCAAGUUGGCUUUAUGGAUUCUUUUCUGAAUUUGGGUUUAUCAUUUAUAUGUAAUGUUCUUUUGUAAGUCCAAACGAAUAUUAUGCCCAAAACACUAUUGGACUAAUGGGUGAGGAAUGACCAUUACAAUGUGUAGUUGAUUUAUGAGAGUAUGCUGAACACCGUGUUAAUGAAAACAGGACACAUUUUUAAAAAGACAAGUUGAGUUGGGACAUAAGAUAAAAGAGUUUAUAUGUCUCGUGGUUGCUCCAUACUUGUGAAACUUGUAUCUAUUGGGGUGUCUUUUCCCUGGCUCAUUGGACUUCAGCUGAGGGCCGGAAAUCGUGAUUGGUGCCUGGGACCCAGGGGUGGUUUCGCAAGUGAGUGGAAAUUUGGAGUUCCCUCGACAAUCGUGACAAUCAAGUGGUGACUAGAGAAUCGUGAGCCUUGAUACCUUUGUGACUUACUACGUAGUAUUUUGUGUGGUUUACUUAUGCUUUCUAUUUUAUGAUAAUA